GGCAACUUCCGGUGGACUUCCUGAUUGAUCAAUGGAUGGUUUUCUGGAUAGUCUAAACAAAUCCAGCUAUGAAAGAGUUCGUUUUAUGUUUAUUUGACAAAUGACUGUAUCAUACGGAGAUGGCAAGACGAUAGCAGUAGUGGCCGUUCAACCAGAUUGCAUUACUCUCUAAAUGCGGCGAAAUGGACAACCGUUGUUAUUGUUGUGCAUCAAAGUUCACUCUCUUCAGGAAGGAGGUUUGUUUCUACCCCCUACUCAUUUUCAGUUGCUGUAGUUAGCUGGAUAUUUUAGUGCAUAUAAUUGUCCAAUAAUCUGGUACAGGUUCGAACUCCUUGUUUUAUGUUUUGAUUGUUAUAUUUUACAGUUGGGCUGUAAGAACUGCGGGCGUUCAUUUUGUUCGGGUUGCCUUACUUUCAACGCAGUGGUGCCUCGUUGUGGCAACACCCAGCAGAAGGUCUGCAAGCAAUGUCAUGGGAAUCUCACAAGGUGGAGUGAUGAUGUAGUUUUGCUUUUCUACCAAAGCAUUAGGCUUAUGCAAUAUCAUGAUAUUUAAUGCACUGGUUUUGCUUCCUCACUGAAUACUGUUUUGGCAGUGGAGAAAACCAAAAUAAUGCCUCAAGAUGGUCCCCUCCUGAAAACUACAAAAAGUGAGUACAGAUGGGUUGAUAAGUCAGUCGACUGUUCGCUAUAUAUUGCUUAUCAGUAGAUAUCAUAACGCCUUUUAUAUUGUGUUUGCUCAGGCGUGUUGCUGCUCUUGAGGCCAAACAAGGACAACCGAUUCCACCCCCUGGACCAGGGGGCAGCAGAAAUGCCAAACUAGGCCUCAUUCCAACCAAAAGUCUGAGUAAAGAGGACCUGGCCAUCGCUGAGAGGCUGCAAAAGCUGAAAGAGGACAUCAAACCAAGUGAGCAUUGUCUAACACACUAUGUUGCAAUAGGCCUAUAUCUUUACUGAUACCUGAAAUUAUAUCUGUGACCAACCCUUGUUUAGAGUCCAUCCCGUCAGAAAAAGAGAUUGAAUCCCGUCUGGCUGCCCUGAAGGCUCCUAUCCAGCCUGCGCCCUCUGCAGGGGAGAUGGAGGACCGCCUGGCAGCCUUACAGGGAAGACCUCCUCCCUCCCAAGCCCCUCCACCUGUGAGUCAGAGCAUUAGACUACACAUAUUAGGCUAAAACGUUCUGUGUUGCUGCUAUUUGUCCUCAUAUUCAUACUGUAUCCAAAUCCUUUAGGUCUUAGUGAAGUCCCAUUAUUGCAAUAAGUUAGUUUUGUGGCUCUGCGCAGGUACACCAGCCCCCUGAUGUUCGGACCCCGACAGAACAAGCCAAUGAUCUGAUCACUCAGUUGUCAGAGGAAGUUGCCAUAGACACCCAACAACCAAAUCCUGAAGGUAUUUGGAUUCUUCUCUGUAACUGUACCAACUUUAGUGAAAAAAUGUUAUGUCUUAUGUGAGAUAUUACUGUAGAUUAGUCUUUAUUCAAAGAUAACAAUUCAAUGGCUUCCCACUCUAUCAAGCUGUUGUAAAUGCUGAAUCUAUUUUCCAACCAUCACUGACAUUUCACCUUGUUUCCAUUCAAGGUGUGGACGGCCCCAUGAACGACUUGAACAAGCAGGAGGGGGACAGGCUGGAGGAGAACCUGGAUAAUGGGGGUGGGCUGCAGGAUGCAGCCAGGCAGCUGGAGGAUGAGAAGAACCGCAUGCUGGCCGACGCAAUGGAGGACCUGAGACGGGACCGCUGCUCCCAGGAACAGGUCCUACAGAUGGCCAAGAGGCUGGCCCAGCUCAAGGGACAGGACCCUGACAAGGGUAAAUUACUAAAUGUAGAUGUUAACCCCUCCAUAUAAAUACUUCAUAUAGAAUCACACCAUAGCUAUGAGAGAGGAGAGGAAACCAUAUUUCAACAUACACUGGGUGCUAUGUGUGAAUGCUUCAGUGUGGUCAAAUCUGUGUACUUGUUUAUGUGAUGUGUCAUCUGUGUUGUCAUGAUGUGUAAUGUUGUGCUGUAACAGUGUUCUGUCAUGUUGUGUUUCAGUCACCAUGGAAGACUUUCAACAUCCUGACAGCGAGGAUGAGACUGAGGAAGAGGCCAUGACGAGGAUACUGAAAAAGGUCUGCAACUAAAAACAGAACCUACUUUGUAUAUGUACUUUAUCUCAAAGGAGUCUUUGUUAUUUUACAUUCCUACCCAUAGUGGCGAUGCAUAUCAACCUCUUUUAAGAGUGCUACUUUUCAUAACCACAAGGGGCUGCUGUUUUGUCAUUUUACUUAUAAAGGUCAUAAUUGAAAGAGACAAUUGAAGCUGUGAUCUGGUAAAGGUGAAUAUGAACGAUAAAGCAACCUGUGGUCAUUGUUUACUCAUUCCCAGCUCACGGAAGAAGCUGCAUUAGAUGAGGCCAGUGGCUAUAACAUACCUCCUGAGCACAGUGGCCCUAGGAACAUAGAAAAGACAGACGCUCGCAAGAAACCGGUAAUAAACCUGCAGUCCUCCUUGAAUACACACACUUCACAGAAUUCCACAAAGUGCCGAUAGUAAAAGAACAAAAGGAAAUAUAUAUUUGUUUAAUCUAUGUUAUAGACACCAGUUCCUUCAACGUCGUCGAGGACCCCAGCAGCUGUCCUAGCCAGUCAGGAUUCAGACAGUGACGAGGAUGAGCUUCCCUGGUGCUGCAUCUGUAACCAGGACGCCUCCAUCCGCUGUCACACCUGUGAUGGGGAUCUGUACUGCAACCGCUGCUUCAGGUACUGCACAAUACUACUACGGCCACACAACUCAAGCAAAUCAUUGCAAUGAUUUACGAGAAAGUUAGAUUGCCCGCGAUUCGUCCUGCUGUUCUUGUAAUGGUUUUUCCGAACUAUGACCUAGAUAAAUCUUGUAUAAGCUUCCGCCAUUCCACAGAGCAGCACAUGUAUGUAAUAUUCAGUAUGUUCAAUUAUCAAUCUGCUCUUUGUUUCCCCAGGGAGGGCCAUGAUGAGUAUGUCAGGAAAGAGCACCGCACAGCUAGUUACACGGCACCUAAGAAGAAGAAGAAUACGUGAGACUGCAGGGGCUGGCACCUCUACUAUCUGGAUGGUCACUCCUGAGAGAUGUGUACUAUAUCUUUAAGAGGCUGGACAGUUUUCUUGGAAUUCCGCAGGAUCACAAAGUGAAGGCUGAUCCAAACAGUACUACUUGUCUUACAAAGAAGAAACCCUGAUUAUGUUGCUAAUCUAGUGUAAUACACAGUAAUCUAUCAAGUGUAGUUAAAGAUUGCUUAUAAUAUUAUAAUAAUAUGCCAUU